AUGUUUCGAAGUCUCAGACGUGGAACACUGAUUUUUGUUGAAAACUUGCCAACUGGUCGUAUAUCAUCAUUAAUAAGUUUAAGUAUUCUUCGAAAUCCAAUAUAUGGAACAAAUCAAUUUGAAAAUGAAACAGCGAAACAAAUGAUUAUAGCUCGUUUACCUAAUUUAAUACAUUUAAAUCGAGUUUUAAUUAGUCGAGAUGAAAGACAUGGAGCUGAAAUUGAUUAUUUACAACGUUAUGCACAAGAUUAUUUUGAUAAAAAAUUAGAUUUUAUUUAUGAACAUAAUCAAUAUCAAAAAUUAAUCACUAAACAUGGAGAACCUGUUUUACGAAAUCAAAAUCAGGUUUAUACUUUCUUUCUUUUACAUAAACGUUCUUAUCUUAUUCAAAUAUAA